AUGGCAGCUGGGAGAGUAGCAGCUGCGACUGCGAUGCUUGGCCGUCUUCUGCUCCUGCUCAUCGCAGUCGCAGCUUCCGACGCCAACGAUGGAGGCAGCCAGCCGCCGAUCAGCCGGAGAAGCUUCCCGGAAGGGUUCAUCUUCGGGACGGCCUCAUCGGCAUAUCAGUAUGAGGGUGGUGCAAUGGAGGGGGGAAGAGGACCAAGCAUCUGGGACAUCUUCACCCAUCAGCACUCAGAUAAAAUCGCCGACCGGAGUAAUGGGGACGUUGCAGUGGAUUCCUACCAUCGUUACAAGGAAGAUGUGCGCAUCAUGAAGGAUAUGGGAAUGGAUGCCUACAGAUUUUCCAUAUCCUGGACUAGAAUUCUUCCAAAUGGAAGCCUGAGCGGUGGAGUGAACAGAGAAGGCAUCAUGUACUACAACAAUUUGAUUGAUGAGCUUGUGUUGAAAGGUGUGCAACCAUUUGUGACACUUUUUCAUUGGGACUCGCCCCAGGCAUUAGAAGAUAAAUAUGGAGGAUUCCUUAGUCCUAAUAUUAUAAACGACUAUAAGGAUUAUGCUGAGGUUUGCAUCAAGGAGUUUGGCGACAGAGUGAAACACUGGAUCACAUUCAAUGAACCCUUGAGCUUCUGCGCAACAGGGUACGCAUGGGGCACAUAUGCACCAGGCCGGUGCUCACCGUGGGAGCAGGGCAAAUGCAGCACUGGGGAUUCUGGAAGGGAGCCUUACACAGCAUGUCACCAUCAAAUACUAGCCCAUGCAGAAACAGUCCGAUUGUACAAAGAAAAAUACCAGGCUGUGCAAAAGGGAAAGAUCGGAAUAACUUUAGUCACAAAUUGGUUUGUUCCUUUCUCCCAUUCAAGAUCCAAUGAUGAUGCAGCGAGGCGUGCCUUGGACUUCAUGUUUGGAUGGUUUAUGGAUCCCCUUAUUAGAGGACACUAUCCAGUAAGCAUGAGGAGAUUGGUUGGAAAUCGCUUGCCGCAGUUCACAAGCGAGCAGUCUGAGCUGGUCAAGGGUGCAUUUGACUUCAUCGGACUCAACUACUACACUGCAAACUAUGCUUCUAACCUUCCUCCAUCAAAUGGCCUCAACCUCAGCUAUAGUACAGAUUCUCAGGCGAACCUUACCGGUGUGCGAAAUGGUGUGCCCAUAGGCCCUCAGGCUGCUUCAUCUUGGCUCUACAUUUACCCUCAAGGAUUCCGUGAUCUGCUACUAUAUGUCAAGAAAAAUUACGGCAACCCUACUGUCUAUAUCACUGAAAACGGAGUUGAUGAAGUCAACAACAAGAGUCUACCACUCCAGGAAGCCCUGAAGGACAGCACUAGGAUAGAGUACUACCAUAAGCAUCUCCUUGCCCUACAAAGUGCUAUAAGCGACGGGGCGAAUGUGAAAGGCUACUUCGCGUGGUCGCUGCUGGACAAUUUCGAGUGGGUGAAUGGCUACACGGUCCGGUUCGGGAUAUACUUCGUGGACUACAGUGAUGGACUGAAGCGGUACCCCAAGAGCUCCGCCCACUGGUUCAAGGAGUUCCUCAAGAAAUAA